UUCAAUUCAAUUGCAUUCAUAGUUCAUUUAUGAUCGUAAUUCUACGUUGAUCUGAUCCCAACUCAUUAAUAGUCCAAAGUCCAACGUGGAAAUUUGAGUCACACAGCACAACCUUGGAUCCAACACUUUCACCUGUGUCUCAAAUUCCAUAAUUCAAUCAACCCCAUUGUUCUUAUCAGUCUCAAGCUCGGAUUUGGAGUGUAAAGAUCUGUGCUUUGGCCAUGGAGAACUCGGAGAAGGUGGUGGCUGUGAUCAUGGUGGGUGGGCCAACCAAAGGGACCAGAUUUCGGCCUCUUUCGUUCAAUAUUCCCAAACCCCUUUUCCCUUUGGCUGGCCAGCCAAUGGUUCACCAUCCUAUUUCUGCUUGCAAAAGGAUACCCAAUUUGGCUCAAAUAUAUCUUAUUGGAUUCUACGAGGAGCGAGAAUUCGCUCUAUAUGUCUCUUCAAUCUCAAAUGAGCUGAAAUUACCAGUAAGAUAUUUGAAAGAAGAUAAACCGCGUGGUUCAGCAGGUGGCCUUUACUACUUCAGAGAUAUUAUCAUGGAGGACAGCCCAUCACAUAUAUUUCUGUUAAACUGUGAUGUUUGCUGCAGUUUUCCACUACCAGCAAUGCUUGAUGCCCAUAAAAGAUAUGGUGGGAUGGGGACAAUGUUGGUGAUCAAGGUUUCAGCUGAAUCUGCUAACCAAUUCGGUGAGUUGGUUGCUGAUCCAACCACUAAUGAGUUGCUGCAUUAUACUGAGAAACCUGAGACAUUUGUCAGCAAUUUGAUAAAUUGUGGUGUGUACGUUUUCACCCCUGAUAUUUUUACUGCAAUUGAUGAUGUAUAUAUUAAUCGAGAAGGCAUAGCUAAUCUACGACGUCUCUCCAACUUUGAAACACUCCAAUCUGCCUCAAGGAAUAUUCCUGCAGAUUUUGUAAGACUGGAUCAGAAUAUAUUAUCACCUCUAGCUGGGAAGAAGCAAUUAUAUACGUAUGAGACAAUGGAUUUCUGGGAGCAAAUUAAAACUCCUGGAAUGUCAUUGAAAUGCUCAGAAUUGUAUCUUGCUCAAUUCCGGUAUACUUCACCUGAUCUUUUGGCCAGUGGAGAUGGUAUUAAGAGUGCAACAGUUUCUGGCAAUGUAUAUAUUCAUCCCUCUGCAAAAGUUCAUCCAUCUGCGAAGAUUGGUCCCAAUGUUUCUAUCUCAGCAAAUGUUCGUGUAGGUGCUGGCGUCAGGUUGAGCGGUUGUAUCAUCUUGGAUGAUGUUGAAAUUAUGGAAAAUGCUUUCGUCACAAACUCGAUUAUUGGAUGGAAGUCAUCACUUGGAAGAUGGUCACAUGUGCAGGCUGAUGGUAACUAUAAUGCAAGACUUGGCACAACCAUUCUAGGGGAAGCUGUAACUGUUGAAGAUGAGGUGGUAGUGUUCAACUGCAUUGUUCUUCCCAACAAAACUCUUAAUGUCAGUGUGCAAGAAGAAAUCAUCUUGUAAUCUGAAGAAGGGAGUUUUACAUCCUAAAAAGAGGCUUGGAGCAUUUUGGUUUUACCAUUUCUUUCUCUAAUUUGUUUGAUCUAGGAAUGCAAGUUAAGUUUAGAUACAACAUACAAGAAGAGUAAGGAAUUUUGGCUUAAUUAUGGAGUUAUGUACAUUACAAUAUUUUUUUCCCUUGCUUAUUUUAUGUACACAAAUGGACCAAUGUGUAAAUCACACUGUUACAUCAAUCC